UCCAUCAAAAAGGUCCCUCCGUUAACGGGCUCCGUUAGCCAUGCUGACAUGUCGCCUGGCAUGCUGUGCUGUCCUGUACGCGUGGCAAGAAGGAAGCCACGUGUUCAGGGACGAAUUUGAUUGAUUUGGAAAAAGUUCACUUUUCAUUUUUCAAUUUAAUUUUUUCGUGCUUUUCCCAUUUUGCCCCUGCAUUACAUAUUCCUUCUUCUUCACAUUUUACUCAGAAACAUCAAAAACAUCCUUGACUCUUCUCCUUCCCGCUAAAACGUUCUCCAUUGUCACCCCUCCAAAAUCAUCAUCAUCUCCAUCGAUUCUGGCGUGUUUGAAGUUCCUGUGUUCGACCGUGAUCAAAGGAUGGAAGAGCAUAUAACACUAAUACUGCAUCAUGGUGGUGAUUUAGUGCGAAAUGAGAAUCGGAGGCUGCAAUAUGUUGGCGGUGAAUUCUGUGUAUGGGAAAAGAUAUAUGUUGAUGAGUUGUGUUUGUGGGACAUUGAGAAGAUGGUGAAACAUUGCAAAAGCUACUUCAAGGUAUCUAAACUAGGGUACAUGAAGCCGUAUGAGGGUGUUGCAAAUGAUCUGAACAUCUGCUUGACUCCAUUGACAACUGAUCAACAUAUUUUGGAUAUGGUGCAAGCUGCAAGGUCUAAUGGUAAUGAAGUUGAAAUAUAUGCACAACAUUUGGUAGAUAGUGAUGAGGUUGAAAUUGUUCCAUUAACAACUGAAGAGAGGGAGGAGGUUGAGAGAGAAAUGGAAGAAUGUCUGAGAAGUGCAAAAACAAGGGAGGAGGAACCAAUUAAAGUUAUGGAGGUUGACAUACUAACUGUUGAGGAAAGAAAUGUGGUAGAGUGUUUGGUUGCUAGUGUGCAAAAUAGGGUUGAUAAUGAAGAGGAAAUUGUUGAUGAUAUGCAGGAGGGAAGGGAAGAAGACAAUGUUGGUGCUACUCAAGGAAGGGAAGAAGACUAUAUGGUUGAUAAUGAAGGAGGAAAUGUCACUCAGGCUCAAGAAAGUCAGCCUCAAGAAACAGUCACCCAACAAGAAACUCAGGUUGAGGAAAAUGUCACCAAAGGAGCUCAGAAAAAGGCAAGGAAAAGCAAAGGCAAGGAAAAACAAACUGCUGCACCAAAAAGAAAAAGACCAGUGAGAUACUCAAGAGGGACUGGGGUGACCAUUAAUGAUGAUGGCCCACUUGUGUUUGAUUCUUCUAGUGAUGACACUGAUUUUGAGGCGGAUUAUGUGGCUGGACAUAGGGACUCUCACUGUGAGGUAGGUAAUGGUAGCCAGGUUAACAUUGAAAUGUCUGAGCCUAAUGAAGUAUGCAGUGAUAAUGACAGCUAUGUUUCUGAGGAGUUAAGGAGUCCAAUAAGCACUGAUGAUGAAGGUGAUGGAAAUAGGAAUAUAGUUUAUCCUCAAUUUAAUGAAAAUGCUGGAUUUGGUGAUGUAAACUUGGAACUUGGAAUGGAGUUUGCUACUCUUCAAAAAUUUAAGGAUGCUGUUAAGGAUUACACCAUUCACAAGGGAAAAGAUAUUAAGUGGUUGAAGAAUGAUAAGAAGAGGGCAAGGGCCGAAUGCAAGCAUGAAACAUGUGGUUGGGUAAUAUAUUGUGCAAGGGAUGAAAAGAGGAAAUGUUUUCAGAUCAGAACAUUUGUGAGUAAACAUGAUUGCCCUACAGAUUUCAAGAAUAAACAAGCUAAUAGGAAAUGGGUGGUUAAGAUGCUUGAGAAAGUCUUAAGGUUUGAUCCUGAAAUAAAGCAUAGAGAAAUAUUUGAUUUGUUCAAGAAGGAUUAUAAGGUGAUUCUUGAUGACAACUUGAUUUUUAGGGCAACAAAAGAAGCAAGGGAUUUGGUUGAAGGCAGUGAAAGGGAGCAAUAUGGUCUUUUGUGGGAUUAUGCAAAUGAACUGCUGAGGAGUAACCCAAACUCAACUGUGAGGAUGAAUACAACACCAAUGCCACAGUCCCCUCCACAAUUCAAAAGAUUUUAUGUUUGUCUGGAUGCAUGUAAACAAGGUUUUAAGGCAGGAUGUAGACCAUUGAUUGGGUUAGAUGGAUGUUUUCUUAAGGGGUAUUAUGGAGGGCAACUUUUGUCUGCUGUGGGACAAGAUGGAAAUAACCAUAUUUAUGUCAUUGCUUAUGCCAUUGUGGAUGUGGAGAAUAAAGAUAACUGGAAAUGGUUUUUGGAAUUAUUACAUAAAGAUCUUGGAGAUUAUGAGCGUAAUGGAUGGAACUUCAUCUCCGACAUGCAAAAGGGUUUGAUUCCAGCCAUGCAAGAAGUGAUGCCAGGGGUGCCACAUAGAUAUUGUGCAAUGCAUCUAUGGAGGAACUUCACAAAACAAUGGAAGGAUAAGGAAUUGAGAGGGGUGGUAUGGGAGUGUGCAAGGGCAACAACUCCCACUCAAUUCAACCGCAUUAUGGAGAGGGUGAAGAGGCUUAAUCAGAAGGCAUGGGAGUAUCUUAACAAAUGGCCAAAGGAAGCAUGGACUAAAGCUUAUUUUAGUGAAAAUUGCAAGGCAGAUAACAUAGUGAACAAUGCUUGUGAGGUUUUCAAUGCAAAGAUCUUGAACUAUAGAGGGAAACCAAUACUCACUUUGGCUGAGGAUGUUAGGUGCUAUGUUAUGAGAAAAAUGAGUCAUAACAAGAUGAAGCUUGAUGGGAGAGCUGGACCACUAUGUCCUUGGCAGCAAAGUAGGCUAGAGAAAGAAAAGCUUGCCAGUCACAAUUGGACACCAGUGUGGAGUGGUGAUAAUCCAAGGCAAAGGUAUCAAAUAGAAAAUUACUCCAGAAUCAAAGUGGAUGUUGAUAUAUUUAAGCAAACUUGCACCUGCAGAUUUUGGCAGUUAACUGGUAAGUGUUUUCUUUUAUUUUUCUAG